AUGUCCGACGUAUGCGUUGGGACCAGCGUGGGGACCAUCACGGAACCGGAGUGUUUGGGGCCCUGCGAACCCGGUACCUCCGUCACCCUCGAGGGCAUCGUUUGGCACGAGACCGAAGGAGGUGUACUAGUGGUAAAUGUUACGUGGAGGGGUAAGACGUACGUUGGAACGUUGCUAGACUGCACGCGUCAUGACUGGGCGCCACCACGUUUCUGUGACUCGCCAACCAGCGACUUGGAUGCCCGCACUCCUAAGGGUCGUGGUAAGCGCGGUCGCGCCGCGGCCAACUCUACGCCCGGCAACGACCUGAGCAACUUCACGGAGACGAGGAGUUCCGUGCACAGUAAACUGCGCAACGGCGGCAAGGGUCGUCGGGGCGCACAGGGUUCACCUGCGGCUAGUCCGAGCCCAGCGGCAUUCGUGCCGCCACGACCGGAUCCGGCGGCGAAGCGAAAGUCGCGCGGACCCGAGGAGGAGCAGGACAAGAACAAGCGACGGGCACCGCCACCGACGCCACCCAGCGGUUCACCACCUGCUAGUCCAGUAUUGCUCGAAUGUCCCGAGCCGAACUGCAGUAAAAAGUACAAACACAUUAACGGACUCAAAUACCACCAGAGUCACGCGCAUGGCUCCGCCGACGACGACGAUACCAAGGAAGGUAUUACCAGUAUGUCGGAAAAUGAUGAGAGCAAUAUCGAAGCACCGAGCCCUGCCACGCCAGUGAAGUCACCGGCGGACAAGCCUGAGGGCACGCCGGUGAGAGCGGUGAGUCCACCGGCAGCGGGUCUGCCACCGGAAACGCCACCGCCACCUCCACGAGUCCCAUCACCCAGCAUAGAACCGCCUACGCCUGUGCUCGCGGACAAGAGUAUCGUCAAGCCGGGCGUACUCAGGUUCGGCCAGGACGAUCUUCCGGCACCCACUUCUACGGCGCCAUCGAGGCAGCAGCAGCAAUCUGUGCAGCAGCAACAGCAACAGCAGCAGCAGCAGCAGCAGCAGCAACAACAGAAUCAGUCGUCUUUAGGCUCAUCGAAUCCGCCCCAAAGUCCCAGUCCUCAUCCCAGUCAGUCCCCCAGGCCCGUGCCUUCGCCACAUCCAAGUACGAAUAUCCCCCAGCCCCUCAACAUCCCGCAACCACCGCAACCGUCUCAAAUGCAACAAUCGCAUCAAUCGCAGAAUUCUCUUCUGCAACAACCGCAGCCAUCGUUGCAGCAAGUCGGCCAACCGCCUCAACAGCAGCUACAACCUGGCGUCAACAAUCAGCAGCAACAGCAGCAGCAGCAGCAGCAACAAUUGCAGUCAUCGGUUCAACAACAGCUGCCGCCAGCGCAUCAAUUGCAAUCGGUGCAGCAUCCUUUGUCAGCUCAGUUGGGUCAGCCCGUGCAGGCCCAUGUGGUGCAGCCGUCUGGAUUACAACAACAGGCCAGUCUACAAAGCAUAGCCAGUCAGCACGCGAGUUUGCAGAAUCUUGCAAGCCAAGUGUCGCAACAGGCAGCAGGUUUACAGACGGUACCGCCACCGCCAGGUCAUCCAGGUCAGGGUGUGCAAUCGCAUUUGCAACAGUACCCAACUGCGGUGUCGCUGCACGCUGCUGCGGCGAAGAUGCCACAGUUCAAGGUGAAACCUACGGCUGCGCUGAUGCCGGAGCAGGACAAGAGCAAGACAAGCGCGGAUGCACGUGCUCCCAAACCGCAGGGCUACAAGAAAAAGUCGCGAAAAUCACCUGGUGGCAGUCCGCACCCAUCGCCUCUCGAGGCGCCGAUCGUCGAUUCGGCGCGCGAUGAUGUACAAAGCCCGGCCUACUCGGACAUAUCGGAUGACGCAGCGCCAGUGCUCGAAGCCGAACCGGUGGACAAGUCCAAACAGAGUCAGGAAAAAGACAACAAGGCCACGGUGCCAGCGCAUCUGCCUGCGCAUUUCAGUAUGUAUCAGUACUAUGGUCAGCCGCCUUACCUGGUGUCCAACGUUCCGGACAGCAAACCGGUGGUAGACCAGAAGCCGAGCGAUCUUACGCCCAAGCAGGAGAUAAAACCGCUCAACAUACCGCAGAUGCCUUCGAUGGCGAGCUUGCAGAGCGGCUACGCCUAUCAGCCACCGCAGCCGGUUUCGCAACAACAACAACAGAGUCAGCAGUCGCAGGAUCAGGAGUCGCAUGAACAGAAGGUUAAGAUUAAACAGGAGCCACAGCCACAGCCGAGUCUGAAAGACAAACAGCACGAAAAUCAUCAGAUACUCAAGGAGAGUAUCGAGAUGAAGAGUCAGAUGAGUCCGUACCACGUCUAUCACAGUUCGCAGAGUCAACGAGCGGCACCGCCGCCGCCUCCUCCGGGACCUGUUCAAGAUGACAGGAGGUAUUAUCUGUAUCCGAGUGAACAAAGGAGAAAAGAGGAAUCAAACAAACAGAAUCAACAAGCAAAGGUUCCACCGCCCAGUCCAAAGCAUCAGCCGAAGCAGGAAAAACCACAGGAUCUCGGAAAGAGCGAAGACUCAAAGAGCAAGCAGGAGGGCGUAAAGCCGACGAUGGAGACUCAGGGACCGCCGCCGCCGCCUACCUCGCAGUACGCUUAUAUUCAUCCCAGUUAUAUGCAGCCACAGCAUUAUGGUGCGCUGCCAUUCGAUCCAGGUCACCCAGUCUACCGCGGUCUCAGCCCCAUGCUAGUGCCCGGUCCAUAUUCGAGUAAUCCCUAUCUUCACCAGCUGCCUAGGUAUCACGCGCCGGAGGACCUUAGUCGGCCACCCGGCGGCAAAGCGCUGGACUUGCUCCAACACCACGCUAAUCAGUAUUACUCGGCGCACAAGAUACAUGAGCUUCAGGAGCGCGCGCUCAAAUCACCGACGCCCAAGACUUCUGCAGCAUCCGCCAGCCCAUCUUCGGCGGGUCCGACCCCCGCUCGGCCCCCCAGUGGUCCGCCUACGUCAGUUGCAGGCCCAGGCCCACCGCCGGGCCAAGGUCAGCAGCCAUCCGGCAAGCAGCAGGGUCAACCGGGUAGUCAGCAGCAGCAACAAGGUGCGGUGGAUGCCAGCGGUGGCGCCCUCGGCAAGGAUAACAGAUCGCCGCCUCCACAGCGACACGUGCACACGCAUCAUCACACUCACGUGGGCCUCGGGUAUCCCUUGUUGACGGGACAGUACCCCGCCCCCUACGGAGUGUCUAGAUCUAAACAGACCUUGUGGGACCGGUAGCUCGGAAUGGAACGGAGAAUUGCAGAUCCGGGAAGUAUUAACUAAACGACAUUCGGGACCCGAAGUUAGGAUAGGCUGAGGGAGGUCCGCGCGGUCCAUCCACCGGAACGAGGCGUGGAAGAUGCGCGACGACGGUUCGCGAGGAAGCAGGCGUCUCGUUAGACUGAAGCACGCGAGGACGAACGGCACUGUCGGCGUUCUUGCGUCCACGGGGCUGCGCUGGCAAAAAUUGCGGCGAGCGUGGAUUAAUGCGUGCCGGGUGCGAGCGCGGCUCCGCUCCCGACUCUCAGACUCGAGCGUGUGUGUCGAGGCGAGGUGGAAUUUUUAUCGAGCGUAGAGAAGCUUAAGAGCGUGCGAGCGAGCGCGUGUAGACGUGUGCGUGUGCAUAUAUGUAAGAGAGAAAGAGAGACAAAAAUAUAUAUAUAACGAUUAUAUAUAAUAGGGUAUACGAGAGAUGUAAGAGAGUAGCGAAUCACGUGCGUCGACUGCCUUGUACAAGCAUAAUGCAUGCGUGUGGAUGUGCGUGCGUAUAGAUUCCGUAUCGAUGUAUUUUAUUGUAAAGAAAUAAGACAAAGAAUUUAGGCGUGCGCAAACUUCGAUUUUUGUAGAGAAAUUGUAUAACUUUGCUGAUAACUUAUCUCUUAGGGAAAUGAAGAAUUCAUGAUUGUGUGUUGACCGAUCGCUAAAUGUCGAUAAAUGCGACCAGAAGGGAACUCGUCCUUAAGGCAUGAACGA